AUGGCGCGCACGCAGCGCCGUGCUGUGCGGGAGGGCGGCAAACCCACGACACAACGCCGUCGUGGUGUUCCGCCCGGCGAUCCACAGCAGGAUGAGCAGGAUUUGCAUGCACAGCUUCGAACGAUGGGACUGUAUGCGUCAGAUACCCGUGGCGAUGGCAACUGCUUGUUUCGGGCUCUCUCGGACCAGCUUUAUGGCGAUCCCAAAUACCAUGCGCAGCUCCGGCAGCGGACAUGUGAUCACCUCGAAGCACACCCAGAUAUGUAUGCAGGGUUUGUCGAGACAGGGCGUCCGUUUGAUGCGUACGUCCGUGAGAUGCGUGAGCUCGGUACCUACGGUGGUCAUUUAGAGUUGUCGGCUUUUGCGCAUUGCCUGCAAAAACCGAUUCGCAUUGUACAGCCUGGCUACGUGUACAUUGUAGCGUGCGACGACGGCUCGCUCAAAGCACGGGCCUCACGAGAGCGUCGUGAGCGUGAACGCAAGCGUGCACUUGCAUCGACAGACGCACAUGCCUCGACAGCGCGGCGUGGACGACGUGGUGCUUUGAGUGAAAAAGCCACCGAGAUCACCGUGCCGGAAUGCGUCGGCCCUUUGCACAUUGCGUAUCACAGCUGGGAGCACUAUAGCUCGCUGCGCAAUGUGAAGGGGCCGCACAGUGGCCCGCCUUGCAUUGUAUCGGAGGACAUGAACGAUGAUACCCACCAGGACACAGAGGCAAGUGCUUCGCCAGCGAUAAAAGAAGCGGAAAAAUGGAUUGAAAUGAGUGUGCCUGGCCACUACUCACGCCAAUGUAUACGGCGCCUACUACGAAAAUACGGCGAAUGGGAGGCUGUUGUUGAAGAAUUGCUGCGUCGCGAGGCGGAAGGCGGCACGUCAUCGGAUGACCAGACGCGCUUAAGCUCCUCGUCGUCCACCGCGAGUGAGCGCACGUCGGAAAGCGGCAGUCCCGAGCCGGCACUCACACCUCGAGCGCAACGCGCUGCGCGCCGAUCAAAAAGGCAUGCGUCAGAGGCCCCAACGACGCGGGCCAAGCAAGUGGCACGCUCGGACGCGACGUCCUCGCGGUCCUCUUCGCCGCACAUACCGGAAAUCCGCGAGCUGAUGAUAUAG